AUGACCACAAAUAUCACCGAGUCGCUUAACUCAAUUUUGAUGGAAGAACGAGAGUACCUCGUGUCGUACAUAUUUAAUUCAAUUGCUAGAGAAUUUGGUGAAAAGUUUAGGGAGCGACAUGCCUUUGUCUAUGGUAAAGAGAACAUAUUUAUGCCUGAUGCGAAAAGGAUCCUAAGGGAUAAUAAGACUGCGAGCGAUUCCUUGUAUGUGAUUAAUCCAAACGAAAAUCUCGACCAGCACACGGUGUUCGAUAACGGUGUUACUGCCAAGGUCAAUCUCUUGGAGAGGAGUUGUUCUUGUCAGAAAUUUAACUUGGUGAAAAUACCGUGCGAACAUACGAUGGCAGCUUUGCGAGCAAAGUAUGGCGAUGACAAAGGUUAUGGCAACUCCAUCUACGACUACUCUUCACCAAUUUAUAAAGCUAAAAAUUACCUCCUCGCAUACUCGGAAGCAAUUAAACUUGUCUCUCAGGAGGCCGAAUGGACUGUGCCACAGAAAUUUAUAUAUGCAGUUUCUGAAGGGUUUGAUCCGGAUGUUGAUCUUGUAAAAGUUGGUAUUGCAAACCAAACUACGAUGUUGAAGGGAGAAACAAAAGAUAUUGGAAGUUGGUCGAGAAGAUCAUGA